CAGACAGUCACACACACACAGACAGUCACACACACUCCCCAUCUCCUCUUUGCCAGGCUAUGCAGGGCAGAAGGGAUGGGUGAGAUGGGAGAUUGGUUGGUAUGUAAGCCUGUGUAUAAUGAAAAAAGGCAAAGCAAUACGCAACAGGCAAUUGCUGGAGAGAGAUUAUGGAUGAUAAUACAUGUACACUAACAAGGGUUUUUCUCUAACGAAGUGACCCAUCUGCUCUCUGAUUGAGUUCAACUGCCUAAGAUCAACCUGGGAAAGAGGAUGAGUCAAUGUACCAUGGGAGUGUGGUUGUAAAUCCAGAGAUAAUGGGACUGGGCUGGAACAAUCCACAGCCACGUGGGUCCAUACGCAGUAUGACGGGGCAGCAAACUCUGUAAUCCCUGAUGUGAACUGCAACAGUCCUGUAGUAGCACGUCCACUACGUCCACCAGGUCAAGCCCCGUUAUGGAAACAGUUUAGAUGCACAAAUGACUUUAAAUUGUGCCGAAAACCACCCACAUACCCCUUCAACACCCGUCCCAGACUGGAGUGAUCUGCAGGCCGCAAAUCACAUCAACCCUUUGCUUUAAUAAUUGAUCGUUUCAAAUGGCCCCCAAAUAAUUUUUUUUACAGAAUUUUCAGCUGAAUGUUUUUGUAAUAUAUUCUGGGUUCCCUGCAUGGGGUAGCAUGAAAAGUAGGCUAUCACUUGGAGAGUGUCAACAGUUCCCAGUUUCCCUUUUCUACACUCACCAAUGAAAGAGAAUAAGACAGAGCAAAGACGUAUGUUUUUUAAUAAAAGUGAAAAAUAAAAUAAAAGUGCAGAGCCAGAGAGUAAAUGUGCAAGCUUGCCGAGCAGGGGCGUAGCCAGAAUAAUAUUUUUGGAUAGGCCUAGAAAAAUAUGGAUAGGCAUCUUUUCAGUUUUUUUUUUUACUCAUUUACUUUGCGAUAAGCACCCAGUCAUAAUUUUCCGGAGAUAUUUUCGUACCCGUGGCUUCGCCUCUGCCGCUGAGGACUGACUGAGAUGAUCAUAUUAGCAGUAUAUAAUAGUAUUGUGGUGUGUACUUAAGAUUUCCCCGUCUGUUGCCAGUGAGCCUGCUGAGUACAAAGAUGCCCUUCGCAUCCAGGAGCACACUGAACUGUGCCAAGAUGCAGACCAAGAUGAGCACCUGGACCCCACUGAACCACCAACUGUCCAACAAUAACGUGUUUGAAGAGAGGAGAAACUUGUUGAGAAAGUGGUUUGACAAGUGGACUGACGGCCAGAGGAAGGCCGUUCUGCAGGACUUCUUCUCCAGGUGUUCUGUGGUCCAGUUGAGGUUCCUGCGCCGGAGUCUGAGUCUCCAGGUAGCGGAGGAGGCGGUCGACUUCACCUCCGUCCUGCCCAGAGUUCUGUCUCUCUACAUCUUCUCCUUCCUGGAUCCACGAAGCCUCUGUAGAUGCACUCAGGUGAGUUGGCACUGGAGAGGGGUAGUGGAUCUAGACCAGCUGUGGAUGCCCAAGUGUCUGAGGCUGGGCUGGUGCAUCAGCUUCUCCCCCAGCGCCUACGAGCAGGGUGUGUGGAAGAGACACUACCUGGAGACAGUCCAAGAGCUCCACGCCAGCAGGCCCAAGACUCACUUACAGCCGGAGUUUGUGGUCCCGGAGGUGACAGCUAUCAGCAGGGUGGAGAAGGAGCCGUCAGAUGGUGCUCCUCGAGGGGUUUACUUGGCGUCUUCCAUCCAGAGAGCCAGGGGCAGCACUGGGAGGAGCUCAGGGAGACAGCCCACUGAACUACCUCCGUGGCGCGACUCCGACAGACAUCCCAAAGACACCCUGCGUUUUAACUAUCUGGCUAACCUUGACCCCAUAGAACAGUCCCACCAAGUACGAACGACAAACCGAGGGGUCUACCUCCCAAUCAAGAUCCAGCCAGACACCGCCAGCCAAAAACCGUUGCCUGCUGCCAAUUAUAAACUACGCAAAGCAAAGUCAUUGAUGUUCCUAUCUCUGGACCUGGGCUCGGGGUCCAGACCGCGCCCACACCAGAAGCGCCCCGCCUGGGCCAGUCCCAACCCGGACUACCCCGACUCCAGGGACACCGCUAAGAGCCUGUCGCGGUUGGCCCACUGGAAUGCCGGAAUACGUCCAGGGCCUGUGAGGCUGGCGGUGCCCGUGCUAAGCCGCGACGCCCUGAGGGCGUCACAGCGGACACAGAGGAGCGCGCCCAGUACACCUCUGUUUGAGGGCCAGCCCUGGAAGGUACCUGUUCACAAUCAGGACUCUGAUGAGGAGUGAAGCUUGGCUCUCUCUGGAGGAGCACUAGAGUACUGCAGCAGUCAGACAACGUCGUUCGCAGUGCUACUAGACAGAGUGACAAUGGAAGAAAAUGCUUUUAUAACUCACUCCUUAAUCCUCUCACCCAUAAGUCAUAAUUCUUUCCAGAAACAUAUCAUGGGCAUUUAAUUCAAGUUCAAGAACUGUACCAGUUUUAUUUUCAAUCCACACAUCCGUUCCAUAUGCGAUAUGAAGCGAAAAGCAAUUAUUAACAUUGAAUCAGCUUCUCAAACGAUUAAACAAAUGGCAUUGUCAGUUAUAAACAAAUCCAAAUAUUUAACACAGCUUGCAUACAACACAGUAGCAUAUUUCAGGCAGAACUAACUUUCACUUUGAUAGACAGAAGUAAAAAAGAUAAAAGGCUUUUAUAACAUACUCAGGCAUCUUGAGAUACAGUAUCAAUAUCAUACGUACAUUGAGCUCUACAUUUCUGAAUGUGUAGCUUACGUACAGUAUUCAUUCAUUGCAUCUAGAAAUUUGCAUCAAACACCCAAAAAGUAUGGCUCAAACUUACCAUCAUAUAUUAUGGAAUACCAAAAAUGAUCAAAAA